AUGAGGGUACUGGUGCCGAUUAUUAGUGGUCUACUAUGGCUUUCGAAGACUUGUUUGGGUGUGGAACUUGACCCGGAUAGUUUAGCAUCGGUACAAAACGCUACAGCGCUGAUUGCGUACGGUCUCAUGGAUUAUUACAACGGGCUCCAAAAGGGCGAGACUAUUGGUAUGUUUGCGAACCCAUAUUACUGGUGGGAAGCUGGUGGAGCGUGGGGUUCGAUGCUGGACUACUGGUUCUACAUGGAGAACGAUACGUACAACGACAUUAUAUCGCAAGCCCUGCUGUACCAAACGGGUGAUAAUCACGAUUACAUUCCGCUUAAUCAGUCGACCACAGAGGGAAAUGACGAUCAAGCGUUUUGGGGGCUCGCUGUCAUGGCCGCGGCCGAAAGAAACUUCACUAAUCCGAACUCAACAGAGCCCCAAUGGCUGUAUUUAGCACAGGCCGUGUUCAACACCAUGGCUCUUCGUUGGGACACGGACACCUGCGGUGGGGGUCUCAGAUGGCAAAUUUUCAAGUGGAACUCGGGUUACGAUUACAAAAACACGGUUUCAAACGGUGCCCUUUUCCAUUUGGCUGCGCGUCUGGCGCGGUACACGGGCAACCAGACCUAUGCUGACUGGGCCGAAAAAGUUUUCGACUGGAUGAGAGGUAUCAAACUGAUUACAGAGGGCCAGUACAGUUUUGUUUAUGACGGUGCAAGUGUCGAAAACAACUGUACAGCUAUCACGCCUUUGAUCUGGACCUACAAUCAAGGUCUUUUGAUGUCUGGCUCCGCUUAUCUUUACAAUAUGACUGGAAAUGAAACCUGGCACUCUAGAACUCAAGAAUUUUUGAAUUCAUCGGUGAUUUUUUUCAAUAAUAGUGUUCUCUUUGAGUCUGCAUGUCAAGGAAAAACUAGUGUUUCUUGUAACAACGACCAGCGGUCCUUCAAAGCGUACUUUUCUCGCUUUUUGGGAUUGACUGCUCAGCUUGUACCCGAAACAAGACCCCAAAUCAUGGAAUGGCUAGAAACUUCCGCUAAAGGAGCUGCCCAAUCCUGUUCUGGUGGUUAUGAUGGCCACACCUGUGGAUUAAAUUGGUUUUAUGACGGAUGGGAUGGCUGGUACGGUCUAGGUGAACAAAUGGCCGCUCUGGAAGUCAUGCAGAAUUUGCGCUGUUUGCAAAGGCCGGCGCCUUACACAGCAACAACAGGGGGCUCAUCCAUUGGAAAUGGAGCUGCCGGAACGGAGCAAGCGCCAACAAACUUAAGCCCCUUGGAUAUUACAGCAGGAUCAAGAGCGGCAGCUGGUAUAAUCACUGCUGUCAUAGGUUUAACUAUUAUCGCUGGCAGCGUAUGGUUGAUUGUAUAA